AUGGAUAAAGUGAAUAAGGUGCACGACGAAACAACUUUGAGUGAUUUUGCUAUACACUCCGACGAUGCACUGCCAUCAACUUCUGUAACUCAUAAUGUACGAUCUCCAACCGAUGUCGUUUUCGUAUCUUCUCACUUGAACAGCUACCGGAAUAGGAUUGAUGCAAGUGUUGAUGAACAGCGAAAAUAUCGUCAAGUUCUAGCGGGUUUGAGCAAUAAGGUGAAGAAGUAUCGAAAGCGUACUGCGAAAUCGGUAGCUCAAUUGGCUCCAGAUGUCGAUACUAUUGGUGGUAUUUUGUCACGUCCACCUGAGAUGUUACGUGUUGGACCUGAUGGACUAAGUUCAAAUCCUCUACUGCCUUCAUCUUUCGCUGAUACCGGUUUUAAAACAAAACUGCCUGAUAGUUCCACAGAUAUGAUCAUUCAGCAAUUACGUAAUGAACAAAUAAGGAAUGACAGCUUAGAAGACCUAAAUGAUAUAUAUCGGGAACAAGCAAAAGUUGCCAUACGUUCGAAUCAGAGUUUGAAAGACGAACUCCUGAAAACUAAGGAAGAAUUAAUGAAGGUAACACAUGAAAGAGAAAUGGAACGAUGCUUGCUACGACAAAGCGAUGAAAAAAAAAAACGUGCAAUGGAUACCCAGUACCAGCAUAUGCUUGAAUUAUGGGUAUCUUUCAACAGACUUCGACGACAGGUUAGAGAUUUGAGAACGGAAACUGAAAGUGAUUUGGAUCGACAACGGACCGAAUUCAUACGCUGUGCAAAUAACAUGGAAGCACUUGUUUGCCAGGCUGAAAUGAAGCGGAAACGUGUCGCAUUUGAAAAAACAAAGGAUGAAGAUGCGAUGAAUGAUUUAUUGAAAAAAUAUGAAGAUGUGGCUGUUCGAACUAUUAAGCUGGAACACGAACUGAAUGAUUCCAAUCGUCGGGUUGCUUUCAUGGACGGUCUUGUCAAGAAAGCCAAUGAAGAACGUGAUGCUGCAAAGGAUUCAUUGAAAAAAAUUCAUUUAAUACCUGAGCUAGAUGAAAUACGCGGUCGACGAACCCGUUCUGUUAGUCCAGAUGAUUUCUUAGGCUAUUUUAAUACGAUUCGUUUGGUACGUGCAGCAUUGCAAGAUAAAAACAACGAAAUUAAAGAUUAUAAAAGAAAGUGUAACGAAUAUCAAGACAAAUUAUCUGAACGUGAAAAUCGACUAACUCGAAUGGAAGAAUCACGCAGAAAGAACGAUGAAGAAUUCGUGGAUCUUAAGAAAGAGAAUGAUAAAAUACGACGAGAUAAAGAAGAAAUUGAACGAAAAUUUCGACGUUUGAAUGAACGAUUUGAACGUUUAGAUACUGAGAAAAAUGAAACACAAAAAGCAAUUGAACAGCUUCAAAAUGAAAUUCAUUUACUUAAUAUCAAUCAUCAGGAAACGUUAAAUGAAAUGUUUAUAAAGCAACAAGAAGAAUUUGCUGAGCGUCGAAAAUAUUUUGAAGAUGAGUUGAAAGAACGCGAUACGGACAAUACCCAAAAACUGUUGUUUCUAAAGAAUGAACUUGAGAAGUACAAAAAUGAAGUGGACGAACUUCGAGAUCAACUUCGAAAUGCUCAAGCAGACUGUGAGGCAGAGCGUCGUCGAGUGGCUGAAAAAGAAAAUAUCGUCCUCGAACAUCAGUUAGCACUGCGAAAUUUACGCGAUGAAAACAGUGAUAUUAGGAUUGCGAGUGAUGCGAAAGAUAUACGUAUUGCGGAGUUGCAGCGACAUACUGAGGAUUUAAAAUUGGAAGCGAAACAAAAAGACGAAACUUUGGAUGAAAUUCGAAAUGAAAAAUCAGUUUUGGCGACCGAAAAUACUUCGUUAUUGGCGAAUAUCAGUGCAUUACGCGCUAAUAUGACCGAAAAUAAGAAUAUAUUGGAGCAAAAUGAGAAGGCUUUGGAAAAUGCUACCAUGAAAAUUUCUGAAAUUACGAAACAGCUAAAAGAUCGUGAUCAGAAAAUUUUGUUAUUGGAGAAAGCAGUGAUAGACUAUGAAAUCAAAGUUGAUUCGACAAAUGAACAGAUUCUUAAUACUAAGGUGGAACAGGCGAUGAGAAGAGAAGAACUGGAGCAAAAUGCUGCAAAGAUUAUAUCACUCAAUCAAGAAAAAACGAAACUUCUGAAAGAACGUUCAGAUUUGGAAAAUGAACUUGGUCGAGUAUCUAACGCUGCAGUUGAACUGGAAAAAAAGAUUAUAGAUCUAGAAAAAUGCAUUGAAAGUCAUGUUGCUCAAGAAACAAUGCUUCAUGAUGCUUUGGAGCAGUAUAAAGUGAAAGAGCAGGAAAUAUCACAGGCAUUGGCUAAAUCACAAUUCGAAAUAGCCAGACUGAAUGAAAUCAAUGAUAGAAUUAAAUCAGAGCAUAAUGCUGAACUGAAGCGUGUACAUCACGAAUAUAGAGAAAUAGAGAAAAAAGUUAUCAUCCAAAAGAAAACCGAAAUCGAGAAUUAUGAGGAUACAAUAUUUGCCCUGCGUGAAAAUAAGGAAUAUUUGGAGAAAUCGCUAGCUGGGACUGAAGAAAAAAUGAAAGAACUUUCUUUGCGAUAUGAAAAUGUAACAUUUGAAAAAGAAAAUUUGCGUACUCACUUGGACGAGGAAAAAGAAUGGUACGAAAAAGAAAUAAAUUCGUUGCGGCAACAACUGGAUGCUAUUAAAGAACAAUAUGUCGAGGAAAUUGCGGAAUGGGAAAAAAUUUGUACGGAGAAAGACAGUUCGUAUAAUUUGAAAGUAUUGAAAAUGGAGGAUGAUAUGAAAGUGUUAAAUGACAGACUCCAACGAAGUGAGGAAGCAGAGUCCAAUUUGAGACGUAAAAUGGUGGAUUUAAAUUUACUCAUUGAUCGCGAAAAAGAUACUGUUAAAUUGUCGCAAUCAGAAAUAAGCAAUAAAGAAGAAGAAAUGAAGUUAGAACUGGAGAAAAAAUUGGAUCAAGUACGCCGGAAAUGGGACGAAAAAAUAAAACUAAAAGAUGAUGAGCUUGUGAAAGCACGUUACAAUAUUGAAACUUUACAAACAAAAUGUUUGGAAUUAGAAAAGACGCUUCAUUCUGUUGAAAGUCGUCUAGACAAAAAAACAAAAGAUUUGUCAACAGCUGAAAAUGAAUUGAAACAGAUGGAAGAUCGAAUUGCAUUACGCAUGAAUGAAGAAGCUGCCUUCAAAAGUAUUCUUGCGGAUAAUAAACGAGAAAAAAAAGAUCUAAAAAUACAACGAGACGAGUUGAAAGUUUCAUUGCAAGGAGCCUAUACCCGAGCAGAAGGUGUAAUUUUGUUCCAAACACUUACUAAACCAUUACAAAUGAAAAGUAAUGAAGAGAUUUUGCGAAAAGAAAUUGGGAUGAUGAAAAGCAAAUUGCAAGAUGAGGAAAAGCAGGCACAGAAAUUAUCAAACGACAUGAAACAAUUAGAGAAUGAGAAUAAGAAACUUGAAGUGAUUCUAUCAGAGCGAACGAGUGAUUUAUCAAGCUUGACAGCUCUGCUCAAACAAUCGGAGAGCAUACAAAAGCAGACGAUAAAGGAGUUGGAAGAGGAAAAGCAAAAGAGCUAUGAAACUGGAAAAAAGAUAGCAGCUUUGCAAGCUGAAAAUGAAAAACUAUCAAGCGACCUAACCCAUACACGCAGUGUUUUGGAGCAAAAAAUUACAACAAAUCAGCAAGCAAUGGCUGAUAUCGUAAAGAACUAUAAGGCUGCAGAAAAAAGUCGCAUUGAAGCUAUACAUGAGAGGGAAAGUAUUGCUGACGAAUUGAACAACUUGAAAGAUCUAUUGGCUGCUGGAGAUGCGAAACGAGUGAACAUUGAAAAGACAUUAGCAGAAUCUGAAAUGUUGCGAAAAGAACUUGUAAAAAAAGUGGCACAUUUUGAAAAUAGCGCUAGGAGAGCGCUUAGUUUUGCAAAAGCUCGUAAUUUGUCAUCAUUUCGAUCAUGUGCUUCGGAAAUGAAUGCAAAAAUAAUAAAUCGAUUAGGUGAAGGAUCUCUGCGUCGUAGCAGUUCAGCAUCUUUUUCUCCUCACGUAUAUUUUGAUUUAAACUCUGAUGUCGAAUCGGUUAGUCUCGAAAGUUUAGAUAUAAGUUCAUCCGUUGAAAUAACAUUUCGGCAUUUGAAGGAUCGCAUUAACGAGCUUGAACAAGCCAAGGCUAACGAAGCAGCAACACUUAUUCGUUUGAAAGUUGAUAGAGAACGGAUAUCAAAAGAGAACCAAAAGAAUUUGGAUAAAAUUCAUUUAUUAGAACGCAAAAUAGUCGAUCUCGAAGAAGAUAAACGACUUUUGGAAUCACGUCUUUCAAAUUCAAGGCAGCUUCUAGUUUCACAGGAAGAAAGCCUUCGAGCCAGAGAAGUUGAACGCAAAGCAUUGAAAACUCGGGUAGUUAGCACUGAUCUUCAUAGUCGUGAUAGAGAAGCUCGUCUUUCUUCCCUAAAUAAACAAGUAGCAGCUUUGAAAAUCGAGUUAGCAACAGUGGAAGAUGAACGUAAAAAGUUAGAGAAAUUUCAAGUGAUGUGGGAGGAAGAGCGGUUGUUAUAUGAAUCGGCUUGUAAAGAUGCAGACAAGAAAGUGGAGCAGUAUCGGAUAGAUAUGAAGUCAGUAAUUUCUGCGAAAGAGAAAUUAGAAGAACGUUUGAAUGAAACGCAACAUUUGCUUGCAAGAACACAACAACAGUGUGAAGAAUUGGAAAAAGCGAAUAAGGAAUAUAAAAAUAUGCUUGAGCAAGCGAAGGUAGAUAAAGGCUUAGGAGAGGAUCGACGAAAACAGGAUGAUCACGCAAAGAUCAGUGACUCGGAUUUAUUGUCGAAAUUAAAUGUACUACAGCAUGAAUACGACAACUGUUUGUUUCGGUUACGAGCCAGCGACUUAGGAAAACAGUCUCUUAAUAAUUGUCGUUUCUAUAUUAGAAAUGAUCUGGAUGAAGCAAGAAAUCGGCAAAAGCAAACAUCUCAUAGAAUUGCCAGCAUGCAACAUAAAUUAGAAGAACUGCUUGCAGAAAAGAAUCGUUUGCAGGAGCGUUUGGGUAUCAUGGAAAAGCGAGAAAAAGAUAAUCAACAAAUGGAAAAGGAUAUGCGCAUAGAGUUGGAGAAAUUGCGAGCUGAAAAAAUCAUGCUUCUUGCGGAAAAUGAAGAAUUGAAACGACGUUUAAAUAAAGCUGAGGUGGAGCAUCGAGAAUUUGAUGCUUAUCGUGCACGUCUUGAAAGAGAACGCCUAGCUCUAAAACGAAACAUUGAAACAUUGGAGACUGAAAAACAACGGACCGAUGCAGCAAUCCGUCAAAUAACAUCCGAACGCCAGGCAUUGGACAAAUCGUUGACAACGAUGGAAAAAGAGAAUAUGGAAUUAUACAGAAAUUGCACUCAAUUACAAAAUCAAGUGGUUGUCCAACUGGAAAAAGAAAAUAGUUCAAACUUGGUUAAAGAAUCAGCGGCACAAUUAAGAGCUUUAGAAAAUAAGCUGAUGCAAGCUCAAUGUGAAAGGCAGCAAAUUGAGCAGUUACUUGAGCAGCGAGAAUUAGCAUGUUCGCAAAAGAUUAAAUUAUUGGAAUCAAAAAUAAUGGUUCUUAAAGAGCAAUUAGAUGCGGAACGAAAAAGACGACUGGAGGUCGUGGAGCGAAAAGCAGUUGUUCAACGAGAUCUACAAGAAUUGAGGUCAGACUUGGGUGCUUCUGUUUCAUCAGCACACCGGCUCUCAUUGCACCUCCCACGGGAACAUUACGAGCUAGCUGCUGAAGUACGAAUUCGAGCACAGAGUUUUAGCAACAACUCUUCCACCUAUUGA